AUGAUUCGCAUACGCCCUUUCCUACAUCCACUACGGUCAUACUCUACUGAGGUAACUACUUCAAGUCCCACUUUGCUUUCAAUCCUUCCUUCCAAACGAACUCUCAACAAGCUUUUAUUUGACAAUGACUCAAGAUUACCAUACAAGAAAAUGAUCCCAGUUCUCAACUCUAUCUACAGCAACCUUGACAACCCCGAUGAUAUCCUCUUACCUUCCUAUGUCAAAUCAUACGACUUGAUGACGUUCAAAAACGUAUUGACAACAGUACGAUCCACCACAGGAACAAUACAUCCUCGUUUAGUCUUGUUGGAAAACGAAUUAAUUGAGCAAGCGGCAGAAUUGGGUGAUAAUGACGCUAUUACCAUCCUUGCCUUCGAAACUAUUGAAAAGAAGUUAAAAGGAGACAAAGAUAUAACCAAGGAAGAUUUUAACAGUGCCAACGAAUUAAUUAAACAACUUACAGAUAUUAAACAUCCAUUAGUAUUCAAAAUGGGGGGUGACUUAGCAUACAAGCGAGGAUUCCACGAUCAAGCUCAUGACUAUUGGAUUAAAUUCAUCGAGCUUGAAAACGAUACUAUCAUGGCUAGUCAUGUAUAUUGUAAUUUGGGAUUAUUCUAUUUUAAUAAACCAGAGUUAUCCCAGGCUAAGUACUAUUUUGAGAAAGGUAUCAAGUUUGGUGAAGUUGACAAUUUCACGAUAAAAGCCCAUUAUUAUUUGGGUCAGUUAUAUGUUGAGGUUGAUCCACGGAUUGCCAAAUAUCAUUGGGAAAUCUCGGCAUCUCGAGGAUUGAAAGACGCAUUUCAGAGUUUAGGGUUCUUGGAAUUAAACAUGUUUCAAAAUUACGACAAAAGUCUUGAAUGGUUUAGAUUAGGUGUGGAAGCAGCUAAUGACGUUGCUUGUCUUAUUGGACAAUUCGACUGUUAUUGGAAAUUAAACAACAAAGUUAAAGCAUUUGAUAUUUUAACUAAACUUACUGAACUUAGAGCAAAAAUUGCUAAAGUCAAGAAGAACAUAAAUAUGCCAGAUGAUAUCAAACAAUCUAUGCUAAUGAACAAACAGUUAUUGACUACAUUUUUCACUACUCGGAAUUAUGAAAUUCAGGAAUUAAAUACUACAAAUAUUAUAUAA